UAUUUAUAUACCAAAUAUACCAUAAUUUCAGAAUUGUACUGAAAGUUAGCAAGCUUGUUUUGUUAUUGCUUUUAAUACAGGGUAUUAGCAAAGUUUCAACUGAGCAUCCAAUUCGUAAAACCAGCUUGUCUCAUGAAGAUUCUUGCUGGCUGUCGUCUGCAAACUUUCAGUUACCAAACUGUCUCUCUGCCGCGCAAAUCGCUCGAAAAACCCCGACUACAAAUCCGAAAAACUAACAAAAAAAACUUUCGUAAAAAUGCGCAGUUGCUUAAAGCGGAUACAUUUGUGGAUGCUGCUGCUGUUUGGGCUGCUUUCGCCCGGCCAGCCUGCCAAUCUGCUGAACAGCUAUUUGCCCGCCUCCAUGCAGGCCCUGGCCUACUACAUUGAUCUGCUCCAAUACGAGCCGUUGUCCAGCACCACAGCGGAGCCACCAUUCAGUGCCGAUGGUCAACAGGAGUCGAGCACCUCGCCGCUGACUCCACCAGCGAGCUCCAGCUCUGGCUCAAAGCCAACAGUUGCACCUCCUAAUGUUAAUAGACCCAGCAGUACAACGCGUCGACCGACAGGUAGCACGGGCAGCACCACCGGCUGGUGGCAACCCCCAAGUUGGUGGGAGACACCACAGCGUACGACAACCACCGCACGACCGACAGCAACGCCAACCCCACCACAUGGUCCGGCGCUCUAUGCACCAAAUGCAAUGAAGCGUGUCUUGCCCACACCACUGGAAGGUCAAGCGCUGUUCGACGAGAUCAAUGAUGAUUCAGACUUUGAUAGGUUGCCGCUGUCGUUGAUCCGUGAUAUACAGACGGAGGCGCUACACGAUGACUUUACCAACGAUGUGGAAUCGUUGGAUAACUUUCUACGCCUCUAUGAUGAUAAUUAUGGGCGUGCCGCUUUUGAUUUUGAGUCGGCCAUGGAUCGGUGGAGCAGCACAUCAACAGCGGGCAAAAAACGUGUGCCGCCCACUAAGCCCUAUGUGGACUUUCUGCUCGUCUACGAUUUGCUGAAACGAGACGCGAAGGCGGCGAAUCUAAGCAAAUAUGAGGGCUACUCCGAGGAGUUGCUGCAGCAGCUAUUCGAGCUCUCGAAUGCAUCGUCGUCACGGCAGUUGCACACACUGUUCCAACGUAUGCUAGACCGUGGCGAUAUACAGCGCAGUGAUGUGGUGGCUCGUGUACAGGGCAUUCUAAAGGAUCUGGGCAAUCCGAAUAGCGCCACGUCCAAGGCGCUCAUCUAUAUACCCAGCAUGCAGUUUUUGCCCUAGAUCUAAAGUGUUUUGUCCAUUUAUCGAGCACUUAAUAAAUCGUAAUUCAUAAAAUAUUCAUUUUAAAUCGGGCAUUUGACACAUUGACACAGUUUUA